AUGAAUCAUUCUUCUCCAAAUUCGCAAAUUAAUCAAACAAAUGAAACAAAUGAUGACUGUUGUUACACUAGCGAUGAAAGCAGUAAUUCGGAGGAAGAUAACGAACCAGAAAACAAAAAAACAUUUGACUCCGAAUACACAUCUGAAGAUUUAGAAAAGUUUGAAAAUUUUUUGCUGAAAGAAUUAGGCUAUCAUCAAUUUGACCAGAACACAAAUGAAGUGGUUCUCAACCUGGAUGAAGAAAAUAAGAACAGUGAUGACGUUUGUUGUUUACAUCAACAAUCUCAUGUGGAUGUUCACAGUUUACAAAAUUUGGUUAUGGCGGAAAAUCUGGUUAGAAAAAUGGAACUUGCCACGGAAAGAUCAGAACAGGUUAAUAUGCAAGGAAAAACUAAAUUGCCCUUAAAACACGUGAAGCUUACCUUGAAGCCAAUCAAUCUCAUAAAGAAACAAAAAGAGAACAAAAUUAAAGUACUCCCGAGUAAGAAGGAAAUUUUAAAACUCACCAAAGAAUAUCACAUCAAGAGGAACAACUGCUUGCAAGUUGAAAAUAAACUUAAAGAAGAACAAAAUACAACGCUAAAGAAAAUUUUUUCACAGAGAAAAUUGUAUUUUCAACAGCCAGUAAUCAACCAGUCAUCAGAAAAAAUGAAGAUUGACUCAGAUCAAAAUGUAAACAAGUUCUCGUCAGAUGAGCCAUCAGAACAAAUAAAAAUGUUGAACGUUGAUCAAAUCAAGAAAAUUUUCCAUGAACUUGAAGAGUUGUUUCAUACUGACAUUUUGGAACAAAAAGUUGCACCAUCAAUUCCUCAAAAAAAUAAUGAACAACAAAUAGAAAAAGCUCCAACACAACAGAUAAAUGUUGGCCAACAAAAAUUAAUGCAACAAGCUAAACGUAAAAAUCCUAACUCAGAGCGAAUGACAGAAAAACAAAAAAAUUUGCAACAUCUUGUCGAAGAGCAGCAAAGUGCAAAUGAAGUUUUCCAACAGCAAACAUUUUCUGAGAAAGUACACGUUCGACGGCGUAAAAAACUGAAACUCGAUGGAGAGCGGACGGAAUCUGAUGGACAACAAUUUUUGAAACCUCAGCAGCCACCAUCUUUUGAUCAAGAUGCUGGACAAGAACAACAGGUCGUUGCGCCGUUAAAAGAUCAUUCCUCGCAGAGUCAACAGGUGGUGUUGCGACAACUAAUUCAAAAGAAACCCCAACGUGUGAAACAAAUGGUACAACCUAUGAUGCAGAAACCAAAACUUCCUCAUCACUCUAUUCUUUCACAAAAACAACAACAACAACUCAUCCAACUCCAUCAAGUUCAACAAAAUCAACAACACUUUCCAUUACAACAACCACAAACUCUACUGCAUCAACCGACUUCCACUUUGAAAUCAGCCCAACAAGAAGAGCAAACCACACAACAUCCAGCCCAAAAAUUUAGAAAACAACUGCCCACCACAUCUCACUCACAACAACAAAUCAACUCACAAGCAACUCAGCAGCAGCAACAACAGUAUUCAUUUCCAAAACAGCAACCGUCAUCCGCACCGUCACAACAGAUCACAUUACAUCCAGAACAACAAAUAGCCUCACAAUUAGGACAACAACUCUCAUUACAACAAAUGAUUUCACAACCAAAGCCGCUACAACAAUUUUUAUCACUUCAACAAUUUGCACCACAACAACAACAAUUCCAUUUACAACAACAACUCACAUCCCAGCAACAAAAAUUUACUUCACAACAACAAUCCACAUCACAACAAUUCACACUACAGCAACAACUCACAUUUCAACAACAACUCGCAAAACAACAACUCAUACCUCAACAAUUCACACCACAACAAAAAUUCAUACCACAACAACAAUUCACACUACAACAACAAUUCAUGCCACAACAUCAACAAUUCACACAACAACAAUCCACAUUACAGCAACAACAAUUCACACCUCAGCAAUAUCAAAUGACAUUACAACAGCAACAACAAUUCAUAUCCCAACAGCAACAAUUCACACUACAACAACAACAGCAAUUCACACCACAACAACGAACCUCCUCAAAAAUAGCCUACAAAGACAACUUAGACAUUCACUUAGACCAACUUAGACAUUCACAGCCAAACUCGAUGCAACCUUGUGCAAAGCCCCAGCAACAUCAUCAAAUACAACCACAACAAUUUCAGCAAAUACAACACCAGCAAUUACAACAACAACAAACAACACAAUUGCAACAAAUACAACAACAGCAAUUACUGCAAAUGCAACAACAGCAAUUACAUCAUCAGCAAAUACAACAACAUCAACAGUUGCAACACUAUCAACAAGUACAACAACAGCAACAACAACUUCUACAACUAUCACAACAACAAUUGUUAAUGAUGCAACAGUUUGAGCAACAAAAAACGACCCAUCAAAUAAACCAUCAACCACAGCAACAUUUGUUGGCGCAACAACAUCACAUGAGCCAGCAACAAAAUCAAAUGCCGGAAAAGUUUGUUGAUUUAAAUUACAACAACAACAACUACCUCAACAAUGACAUCAACAGCAUCAAUAGUGACAUCAACAACAAUGACAAAAACAACGACGACUGUUUCUUAUAUAAUGACGACUACCACAACAGCAACAACAAUUAUUUCACAUACAACAAUAACAACAACAAUAACAACUAUUUUAUGGAAAACAUCAACAACUACAGCAACAAUGUUGAUCAAAUGUACAACAAAAACUACAUCAACAGCAACAAUUAUAACAGCGACAUGAUUCCGUGA